UUAAAUUCAUUCUAGCGUCGCCGUUCGUUGGCGCUUGGCUUCUUUUGAGUUCAUUCAUCGUGUUUAUGUUGCGUACUUUUCGAUUCGGUUGUACGAUUUUUGUUUAGAAAUAGUUGUGUUUUACUGUGGUGUGUGUAAACAAACAACAAUAAUAAAUUAUUGAAAAAUAAUUACAAUAUCGAUGAAAACUUCAUUAAUGUGUCAAAAUGUCUACUAGAAGCGGUCGAUUAAGAACUAGCGUUAUAGAAGUUAGCCCACCGAGAACUCGAAAGGGUGUAUCGCCGACGCGUUCUCCCGCCAGAACGCGGAAAACUUCUCCCCCACCUUCGGGGAAAACUCCACCGCCCUCGCGAGCGUCUGGCCGCAAAUCUCCAGCACGGAAAUCACCUAGCCGAAAGCCAGCGUCGAAAUUUCCUGCUCGCAAGUCACCGUCGAGAGCCACUAAAGAGACAACGCAAUCAGAAGCGCCGAAUGUGCCUAAAUCGCCAGCAAAGCGACCUCCCAUCGACUCUGAAGCUGCUGUUGCAGUAAGGCUAGAUGACAUAGCCGCUAAGCCGGCAGUGUACCGAGGUACUCGGUCAAAACGUCUUGAAUACUCAAUUAAAGAUCUGACAUCAAGCAUAACAGAAACUGAAUACUCUCUUGAUAAAGUCAAUGGAUUGGAUGUGAAUGAUAUAUAUGGGCUGAGGAAUAGAAGAUCCGUCGAGGAGGUCGCGCCACGUAGGUCUAGUAGGCUGCGAGACUUUAUAGACAAUGUGCCUGAGAUAAGACGGAGCCUUAGCCAAUCUGUAAGUCUAAGUAAAUCUGUUAGCAAAUCAGUUAGUAAAUCUAUAGAUGCAUACUCAGAUGAAGAUAAUUCUGAGGAGGAUUACCUCAGAGAGAAGUCAAAGUCAACAACAAGGAAGUUGGCAACUCCACUGCGGAGUAGCAUUAACAGUUUGACUCAGAUUGCUAGCAAAUGGGAGUUUGGUGGAAGAAUUGGAUCUGUGUGCCUGAUGCUCUUAAUACCAAUAACAGUAUUUUCUAUUAUACUUUCUUGUAAAAAGUCUUGUUCUCCCAAAGCACUAUUGGAUCUGUCUUCAUACAAUUCUCUGAAUGUCUUCUUCAGUUUACAAGCAUUGGGAUUCAUAGUUCUCCAGUUUAUUAUUCAGGCAAUCUUAGCUAUAGUACCUGUAUUGGGUCCAAAAUCAGACCGCAUGGAUGAAACUGGCACAAAAUACUGUUUCAACGCAUUCUUUGCCACUAUAAUGACAGUAAAUACUCUAUUCCUAUUGGAUUUCUUUCAAAUUAUUGAUAAAAGUACUAUAUUGAAUGAAUACUUGAGGCUUGCGAUAAUAUCAUACGUUUUUGCCAUCAUACUCAGCAUUGUGCUGUAUGUAAAGAGCUUGAAACUUGAAAAGGAUGAAUUGAAUCCCUAUGGGAAUACUAAGUACACUUUAUAUGAUUUCUUCAUGGGGCGAGAAAUACAUCCGUUUAUCAAAGGAUUGGAUGUCAAGAUCUGGAUUUCAAGAAUCUCAAACAUUAAUUCUCUUAUUCUACUCUCAUUAAUAUUCACACAUGGCCUUCAAAUUAAACUGACGGAAAAAGAUGACCUGACAUUGGAUAACUGGAAGCAAUUGCUGAGCAAAGUGCAAUACAAGCCGACAACAAUAGUAUUCUCCCUAAUGCAGAUAGUUUACAUCUUGAACUUUAUUAUGAAGGAGUAUAAGAUAACAUCUACGUUUUACUGGCAGUCUGAAGGGGUAGGGUACCUACAGACCGUAUCAAGUGCACUGUACCCAUUCUACUUCACAACAAUAUCUAAACACGUGGCAGACACUGAUCUAGUGCUGACAACUAACACCUUAAUUUCUGCUUCUGUACUAUUUGUGCUGGGAUUCUCUAUAAUGCUUGCUAGUAACAAUAUUAAAUAUGAGUUCAGAAAAAAUCCACUACAACUCAGCUUGGCAAACGUAGACGCCAUGCCGACUUUUCAUGGAAAGAAGUUACUUGUCUCCAGUCUAUGGGGAAUCUUACGUCAUCCGAAUUACACAGGUGAUGUUCUAAUCCAUAGUGCGCUGGCACUACCGGGGAUUCUGUCGGGUCAGUAUGUUGCUGCGCUUCCUGCCUUGUUGACCAUAGCAAUGCUGGGGCACCGGGCGUGGCGGGACCACGACAGGUGCAAGCAGCGGUAUGGAGCUGCCUGGCAACGAUACUGCAAAAGAGUUCCAUCAAUUCUCUUGCCGAAAAUUCUUUAAAUUCUUCCUUUGUAUCCGGUAUUUGAAAAUAAUGCAUUGGCGCAAGCAAGAUGCUGCACUUCUGUGUCGAGUGCUGACUCGCUUUUACAACUCAAAUAGUAAAGCUUAAGAGGUGUCAGUUGGAACCCUGAUUGUACCUCAUGCAGUGAUCAUACAGGCUGCCUUUAUCAGACUUAUGCAAUGACAAACAGGUUUAUCAACGAAAAAAGAAUGGUAAGAUAUACUUCAACUCAAAUAUAAAAGAUCUUAGCCAUUAAGAACACAUUACUAUUGAGUAAUGAAGAUUUAAUUAUUAAAGUAUCUAUUUUAGGUUAAUAUGUGGGUGAGGAUAUUAUUAUUUUUUGUAAAUAGAUACUGAUAUGUAUUCUAUGCAACGCAUCACACAAGUUUGAAAUUUUAUAGAUCUCUGUGUGUAAGUAGAUUUUAUAUUGAAGUUUUUACGACAUUUCAAUAACCUAGGUUAGUAUGAGAUUAAUAUUGCCGCGCGUCACCACCGUACAAAAUUCGAAUACUUAAUUGGCUCUCUUAAUUUUAUUAUAAUUUUAACUAUUGGUAUAUUUUUAAAUAUUGACUUAUACAUAAUGUAUUUUGGUAAAGUAGUUUUCAUGUUUUUAGGGCGACAUUUUCAUUUUAUUUUUAAUAUGUGACGACUUGCGAGGAGCUUUUGUAUCGCAAAUGGGAAAGGUUAGUUGGUUUCUGUACAAAUUAUCAUGUAUGUCUUUUUUUUUUCUUCUCGUUCUUUUAUCUUAGCAAAACAUCAAUUCAAAUACUAUGAAUAAAUAUUAUACGUAUUAUGUAUUAAAAAUACCUUAACUCGAACUCAUCUAAAUUCCAAUUUCAAUCGGAAGACUAAUUAGGUUAAUAUAAUAACGUAAAGACUCAUCAGGUAUAUAGAUUAUUUUAGCAAUUAGGUUGUAAAAUAAUAUUAUUUACAAAAUAAUGAGAUCUAAUUUAUAGGAUUUGAAUGGCUUAUUUCAAGUUCAUAUUAUUAUAAAAAAAUGUAUUAAUUAUAAAAUAAAUUCUUCGAAUGUUUCUUGUGAGGGAACACGUAAUCUAAACAUUAUAAUUAUAAUGAUUCUUAUUUUUAAAUAUAGUGCCUCAAAAUUAGCAGUAACUGCAAAAUUGUUAUGUGGUUUUAAAACGUAAGUUAAGUUACAAUAUAUAUUCAACAGUAAGUAUAAGAAAGGCAAAUUGCUCAAGAAAACGCACAACAAAUAAGUGUAACUAAUAUAUUUUUGUGAGAUUAUACAUAUUUAAAAUAAUUACGAAUAGUGAAAAAAUAAUAGAUUUUGGUCAUUUUAAUGUUACCAUAUGUCUUGCCCAUCCAACCUUCUUCGUUACAUAACAGACCAUCAUUAUUGUUAACUUAUUAUUUAGAAACUUACUCAUAUCGAAUCUAAGUAGGUCGUAUUAGAUAUUUUAUAAAUAAUGAUGCCGCCUUCAUGGAUCAAAAUGUUGAAUCUAGUUGUAUACUUGUCAUGUAACAGUUUUGCCAUAUUAGAAAGACAUUAUUAAUAUUAUGUUCUUGUAGCAUUAUGUAAAAACAUUCUUGGAAUAUAAUUUUGUUUUUCGGAAGUGUUUUCAAUGACCUCACUUUUUAACUAUACUAUUGUCACGGUUUGAAUAAAUGAUUUUGUACAAAGUGUAAA